CCACCAUGUAGUUAAUUAGGUAAUUUAUAAAUCUAUUUCAUCAAAUGUCAUUACUCCUGUUUGUGUUUUGAACUUUUUACUAUAAGGAAAACUUAGAAAAAAAUGUAUAUCUACGAUUUACCGUAUGAUGUUAAUAAGAAAUUGUGCAGAUUGUUGGACAAUGAUGACGACUGGAAAGAAUUGGCUGGUGUACACAUGAAAUACACAGCUUUUGAAGUAAACGAAAUAGAGCAGUCGGCGCGCCGGCUGGCUUCCUCGCCUACCGCUUUAUUAUUGACCCGUUGGGGCCAACUGAACCAUCGAGUGGAAGAGUUGUACAUAUUAUUAUAUCAUAUGAAACACGUGCCCGCGAUGCAGUCGCUCACGCCAGCAGUGGACGCGAGAUAUCAAACUCUUUUGAGGAAGCUGAUUACAAAGAACGGUAUAGGAGGGAAGGACAGCACAGCGUUUGUUGACGAUGCGAAAAAACAGAAAUUGAAAACAGAUGAGUCAUCAAUACCACUGCCAGUUUUUGAAAAGGGUAUUCAUGUCAACCAAGCACCGCCGACAUCAAGCAAUGGAUUGAAUGGCAACUCACCUACUGAUGACUCAACCAGCGAUCUAAGUAAGACAGUAUCCUCGACGCAAGAUGACAGGGCCAAUGACGUGAAGGAUGAAAUUAUGCGAAACGUGCUCACGAUACCGAUGCUUAAGUACGACGACUUGAAGGCGGCAACCGACAACUGGAGUGACGCCAACUUGCUAGGACGCGGUGGAUUUGGACAAGUAUUUAAAGGUGUGUGGCUGAACUCGUUGGUGGCAAUCAAACGUCUCCGCGACACAGACGCCCGGAACCGCGAAUUGAUACGAGAGCUGUGUCUCAACCAAUACCGCCAUGAUAACAUAUUACCUCUCUACGGUUAUAGUUUUGGAGGCGCGGAAGCUUGCUUGGUCUACCAAUUCAUGGCGUGUGGCUCUCUAGAACAGAAAUUGCGUUCCAAAUCACACUAUCCACCUCUCACAUGGUCGCAACGGUACAGGAUAGCACAUGGGGUUGCCAGAGGUUUGCAAUAUUUACACACGAUGACCGGCACGCCGCUGAUACACGGCGACAUCAAGCCGGCGAACAUACUGCUGGACCAGUGCCUCAUGCCGAAGAUAGGAGACUUCGGCCUGGCCAGGAAAGGGCCCUACGGUGAGGAGAGGACACAUCUGAAAGUGUCUAGAGUUCACGGGACACGUCCGUACCUGCCGGACGAGUACCUCCGCUCGCGGUGCCUGUCGCCCGCGGUGGACGUGUUCAGCUACGGCGUGGUGAUGGUGGAGAUUGCCAGCUGCUUGCCGCCCAUCGACCGCAACCGGCCUGUGCCGCUGCUCAGCGACUGGAUACAGCAGCAGGCCAGGGACGGACUCGACUUUGCGUCUCUAGAAGACCGUCUACUACAAGGCACGCCGCACUCGAACCCGGGACUAUGCCGCGAAUUUGUGGCCAUCGGCGUCCACUGCACCAAGUACUCCCGCGGCGAUCGCCCCACCAUGCUCGAGGUCUACAAACGGCUGGAUAACUUGGAAUUCCCUGGAAAACACUACAUGUAGCAUACGACUGCCCAAACAGUUAGAGUAGGGGGAAAGGGAUUGGUGGUAAUGGGGAUUAACGGCCCCAUUGCUAGCAAUAUACUCUCUAUCAAGUUGACCUCCACGCGGUUCCCCCUGGAAACUAUCAUGGUUAAUUCUUUACGUAUUCACCACGAUGGGCGAACUGACCUGUUUCCUUAUCUAUCAUCCCUCACUGGUACUCCGCCAGUGUAUACCGAUAGCGCAGGUAGGGUUACCAUUUCAAUAUCAUCCAUUACAACAUGUUAGAGUAAAUUGCUAGCAAAAGGCCUGUUAGACUACAUCAUAUUAUCAUCACCAUAUCAGCCUUUAAUUGUCUGUUGAACAUAAGCCUUCACCUUUUGGGGGUUUGGCCAGUAGUUGCCACACUUGGCAAGCGGGUUGGCAACUGUAGCUAGGCCUUGGAGUUAUUUUAAAAGGAAUGCUGCUUGACCAUCCCUGGACAAUUAAAUUCCCUUAGUCGCUUCUUACGACACCAAUUGGAAAGGAAGGGAUGAACCGGGCUCACACGUCGAAUUAUGUAUUUAUAUAGAAAUUAGAUUAUUUCUAAAAACAUGUUGUAUAUAUACCUAUUUUGUUACGUAUAUUUUGUUGUGAAUGGUAGGUUUAGUAUAACUUCCCUACCUUACUUGCGUCUUCCAUAUUCAUAUUAACAACUUGAAUGUCUAGUUGUGAUAUUGCUAAUAUAAACCAAGCUAAAAUGUAUUUAUUAUACUAGUUACUUUAUAAUACAUCAAUUAUAGUAAAUAACUAUAUCCUGUUAUUAAAUACAGGUCAUAGCAGUGAACCACUGUUUUGUCCAAUAGGACAAAACUACGUAUAGAGUUGUGGCCGUUUUGUGUUACUGUGAUACACACACAUAUAAUAACUCUUGUUUUAGAAACUAUGAUUUGCUUUUUUUUCUUUGUAAGAUUUCAUAUAUGUGUGACAGGCGCUUACAAAUAUACUUAUAUUGUUAUUUUUACAUAUUCAUAGUCAUAGACUGGCCAUAGCAACCCUAGUAAUAGCAGGUUGGUGAGUGCGAAAAGAAAAAUUAUGUAUAUGUUAAUCAUUAACAAAACUGCAAUAUCUAAAAUGCUCACUUAAUUUAUGUAGUUGACGGAUUAUGUAUUUGUAAAGGCCUACCUCUGUUUAUUGUAUCAUUUAGUAAAGAGUAUAAUAAAUCAUCAGAAUAAAGCCGCAGGCAAAAGCUAGUCAUCGAUAUUGCUAUUAGUAUUUUAUUUGUUUAAAGUUAUUAUUUACUUAACUAAAAAUUCGCCUUAUUGCAAUAAUUAUAUAUAGACAAAUAGAAUGUAAAGUCAACAGUAUAACUGACUUAUCAUACAACUAUUUGUUUGCUCAUUAUAUAUCUUGCUUUGCCUAUUUUUAUAAGCCAAAAUAAUUUGUCUAAAGCAAAUGCCAUUUCCUAAUACUUUUGAGUGAAGGAAAUAAAUAAUAAUAGGUAAUAUGUAAGAACUCUUUAUUGUUAACUAUCAAUAAUAUACAAGCAAUGUUAAAUACAAAAAUAUUACAACACAAACAAUGGGCAAAGCUGUUGAAAAAUAAAUUUUGACAUCUUUAUGGGCAAAAUACUUGAAUCAGGACUAGAAGUUUCGAAAUUAAAUACAAAGUAGAAUAUAUGUAAUUUGUGUUAAGAAUUUGUCUAAUAAAAUAUUGUUAAAGGCACGUGAAACCUUAAACCAUGUCAAAGGUAUUCAAUUACAUCGAAGCAGCGUAGAAACUCAACUCCAGAGGACGUUACCGUUACGUAAAUUGUAAUUGGAUUGGUAAAAAGGUCAGAGGCUGUUGCAGUCCUUUUUUGUUUCUGCUCAGUAAAGGUUUGAAGAUGUAAAAAAUGGAAUUGUACUCUUGGGUGGAUUGGUGCUUAUUUUAUGUAAAACAUUUACUAAAACGACUGAACUAGUAUAUAGAACGAUCUAUAUCGUCAUAGUCAUAGAAUACUGACGGAUCUUUAUAUGUAAUAUUUGUCAGAUCCGUCAGUAUUUUACGACUAUGACGAGUUUAUGAUGUAUUGUAAGAAUGUUUUAUUAAUAAAUGAAUAUAAUAUUUUUUUAA